UGGAAAGUUUGGCGGACUUUGGUCUGCUGUAUCGAUCAAUCUGUGCUUGUGGGUUGAUUUCAGUUCUGUUUAACACUUACAGCAGUCUUUUGUUCGUCGUCUGAUUUCCAUUUUGUGUGAGCAAAAACAAGAACCAUGUCUCUGACAAAUGGCCACAGUGUGAGUAAAGAAGCAUGGGACUCUCACAACAAGAUGAUGCUGGAGCCUCUGGCCAUCAGUGACUCAGAGGUGUUUUCCAUCAUUAAAAAGGAGAAGCACAGGCAAACAUAUGGUCUAGAGCUGAUAGCAUCUGAGAACUUUGCCAGCAGGGCUGUUCUUGAGGCUCUUGGUUCUUGCAUGAACAACAAGUACUCCGAGGGGUAUCCUGGCCAAAGGUACUAUGGUGGUACAGAACAUAUUGAUGAGCUGGAGAGACUCUGUCAGAAGAGGGCACUGGAGGCCUUUGGUCUGGAUUCUGAGAAAUGGGGUGUAAAUGUGCAGCCAUACUCGGGAUCUCCGGCUAAUUUUGCCGUCUACACGGCUGUCGUGGAGCCACAUGGCAGGAUCAUGGGACUGGACCUUCCUGAUGGGGGUCACCUGACACACGGCUUUAUGACUGAGAAGAAAAAAAUCUCUGCAACGUCCAUCUUCUUUGAAUCCAUGCCUUACAAGGUGAAUCCUGAAACUGGUUACAUUGAUUAUGACAGACUGCAAGAAAAUGCUAAACUGUUCCACCCCAAGCUCAUCAUUGCAGGAGUAAGCUGUUAUUCUCGCAACCUCGACUACGCCCGCUUGAAGCAGAUUGCUGCUGAGAAUGGUGCAUAUCUAAUGGGAGACAUGGCUCACAUCAGUGGGUUGGUGGCUGCUGGAGUGGUGCCCUCGCCCUUUGAGCAUUGUGACAUUGUUUCCACGACGACUCACAAGACGCUGCGUGGCUGUCGUGCAGGAGUAAUUUUUUAUAGGAAAGGUGUAAGGAGUGUGGAUGCCAAAGGAAAGGAGACGCUGUACAACUUGGAGUCUUUAAUCAACCAGGCUGUGUUUCCAGGGCUGCAGGGUGGACCCCACAAUCAUGCUAUUGCAGGUGUUGCUGUGGCUCUUAAACAAGCCAUGACACCAGAGUUCAAGGCCUACCAGUCACAGGUUCUUGAGAACUGCAAAGCUCUGUCCAGUUCCCUCAUGGAUCUCGGUUACAAGAUUGUCACUGGAGGUUCUGACAACCAUCUAAUCCUGCUGGACCUGCGGAACAAAGGAACUGACGGAGGACGAGCUGAGAAGGUUCUGGAGGCCUGUGCCAUUGCUUGUAACAAGAACACCUGUCCAGGGGAUAAAAGUGCUUUGCGUCCCAGUGGUCUGAGGUUUGGUUCUCCAGCUUUGACCUCCAGAGGCUUGGUGCAGGAAGACUUUAAGAAAGUGGCUCACUUCAUUCACAGAGGUAUAGAGCUGACUCUGGAGGUGCAGAGAAGUCUGGAUCCUAAGGCCACUCUGAAGGAGUUCAUCCAGGCGGUGGCUCAGGGAGACCAGUUCCAGCAGCAGGUGGCUGAGAUCAGGGCUGAGGUUGAGGCCUUUGCUGGUCAGUUCCCCAUGCCGGGUCAGCCCGAGCUGUAGAGGGCAGCACUUCAAACAGAAAACAGCUUGAAGAGAUGAUUCUACAAAACAAACAUCACUGAUGGCAUCAGCUUUACGUGUCAAAUCUAGACACUUUCUGGUGAUUUUAAAGCAUUCUUGUCUAAACACAUUUUCACUUGAUACAGAUUUUUCCAAAUGGAAAAAAAAUCCGAGCUCAAAUUCAUUAAUUUGCUUUAGACUUUCAAUUAUUGGUAUUGUUACAAAACUUUAUUAACUUUUGCCCUCUGACUUCAGUCUUUGAUGUUACAAUGAAAGCAUUGGCUUGCUUA